AAAGAUUGAAAUUAGUUUCCAAGAUGAGAUAAUUCUGUCCAAAAAAACUAAGAAAUUCACUUCAUUAAUUCCACGCCUCUCAAUCUCCACUUCCUUGUCUUCUGCUCAACCAGAGUAUUUGGUUGCCACACUUCAUCUAUCAUCAGAGAAAGAGAGACAGGCGCACAGACAACAUGGCUAGCUGCAACAUGGCAUCAGCUGCAUCAGGAUUUGCGUUGGCACCAACUGUUGCAACCAAUACAAACUCAACUUCUAAGCCCACCAUGUUGUUUUUCUCUUCAAAGAACAACAACAAGAACUAUUCGAGGCUUGUCGUAAGGUCAGCUGAAGAGGGUGCAUCACCACCUGCUGCCACCACAGAACCAGCUGUAGCUGAAGCUCCAAAACCUAAGCCACCACCUAUUGGACCCAAGAGAGGAACCAAGGUGAAGAUACUGAGGAAGGAAUCCUACUGGUUCAAUGGCGUUGGAUCCGUAGUAGCUGUUGAUCAGGUAAUACCAUCUCUCUCCUCCCUGACCUUUUUUUAUCUAAUUUUUUUUGUCAUGGUUAUUUACUAUGGAUUUGGAUCGGACAGGACCCCAGGAGCCGCUACCCGGUGGUGGUUCGAUUCAACAAGGUUAAUUAUGCAAAUGUAUCUACAAACAACUACGCCUUGGAUGAAAUCGAAGAAGUAAAAUGAGAGUGAUGUUUGUGCAUUGUAGUUUUGGUUUUCUUAUUACUUAUCCUACUCUCUACCUUAAAGCUUUGUAUGUUUCAUGAAUGUGUAUCAUACUCCACCUCUGUGAUUCUCUA